UGUAAUCAGCAUCAUUAGCACACCUGUCAGCCACGCCCAUCUUUGUCCUUUUCGCUUUCGGUUCGGCUUGUGUCGGAAAUGGCAGCAACGACUAUUUCAAUUGAACAAGACCAGUUUAGUUGUUCGGUGUGCCUGGAGGUGUUACGAGACCCGGUGACGAUCCCCUGUGGACACAGCUACUGCUUGGACUGCAUCGAAGACUACUGGAACGGGGCCAAGCAGAAAGGCCAGUACAGCUGCCCGCAGUGCCGGCAGGUGUUCAAUCCCAGACCGCUGCUGAGCAGAAACACGGUUCUCGGGGAAGUGGUGGAAAAGUUUCAACAGUCUGGAUUUCAGGCAGCAGCAGCAGCUCAACACUUGGCCAAGCCGGAGGAGGUGAAAUGCAGUGUUUGCACAGUGAGACGAAGCAAAGCGGUUAAAUCCUGUCUCGUGUGCUCUGAGUCUUACUGCGCACCUCACGUGAGAGUCCACGAAGACCGCUUUCGGGGGAAGACCCACAAGUUGGUUCCGGCCGUGGAGCCGCUGAAACAGAAGUUGUGCCCACAGCACGAUAAGUCAUUGCGGCUGUACUGUCGCACCGAGCAGCAGUGCGUGUGUUCCCAGUGCGUCCAAGAUCGACACAAGGGCCAUGACGUAGUCUCUGUUGUGGAUGAGAGAGCAACGCAACAGAAAAAACUCCAAGACGCUUCUUUGAAGUUUGGGCAGAAAUUGAAGGACACAGAGAAGGAACUCCGAUAUGUUGUCAGAUACAUCAAGCACUCCACAGAAGCAGCCGUGGAGGAGAGCCAGAGGGUUUUCUCCAAGCUGAUCCGCUCCAUAGAGAAACAGAGCAAUGAGGUGACGGAGGUGAUGAGGGUCCAGGAGAGAGCAGCCGUCAGUCAGGCGGAGGAGCUGCUGGAGAAGAUCCAGAGGGAGACCGUUGAGCUCAGAAGGACCGAUGCUGAGCUGGAGAAGAUUUCUCGUACUGAGGACCACAUCCACUUCUUUCAGAAGUGCAAGUCUCUUCAUUUCCCUGCAAAGAUUGUGGAGAUGCCCAGUACUGAUGCACUUCAAUAUAUGAUGUAUAAAACUAUGAGAGGAGCUCUGGCUGAUCUCAAAGACAGUCUGGAUGAAACCCUUGACAGAGAAUUCAACAGGAUCUCUGAUAAAGUAAUUUCAUUGAAGGAAACCAGCAAUCACAGUACUUCUGAAAAGACUAAAGCAAAAGACACCAACAUACCAUACAACUCGGAACCAAAGACGAGAACUGAUUUUCUACAAUAUUGCAAUGAUUUACUCCUGGACCCGAACACAGCCAACCCUUAUCUCAGCUUCUCCGAUGGUCGAAGAGGAGUGACCACGCGUUCAGAGCCAAUGCCCUACCCGGACCACCCACAUCGCUUCAGCAGCUGGGCCCAGGUGCUGUGCAGAGCUGGGAUGGCUGGUCGCUGCUACUGGGAGGUAGAGUGGGCUGGUAAUGGAGGGGUUUCCAUUGGCGUCUGCUACAAAAACAUGGGCAGGAGUGGAGGAGGGAGCGACAGCAAGCUUGGACACAACUCCAAAUCCUGGAGCCUGGACUGCUCGUACUCGGGCUGUUCAUUUCAGCACAAUAAGGAGAAGGUGACCAUCAGCGCUACCUGCUGCAGCAGGAUAGGAGUGUAUCUGGACUUCAGGGGAGGGACGUUGUCUUUCUAUAACAUUUCUGAUACAAUGGAUUUACUCCAUAGAGUCAAGACUACAUUUACCCAGCCUGUGUGCCCUGGAUUUUGGGUGGGUUUGAACUCUAGCUUGAAGCUGUGCUCUCUUUAAACGUAAAGAUGAGUGCACUCCAUCAGUUCAAGUAACUUUAUAAGGGGUUCAAAUGAUAAUUUGAGUGAUAAUGUACAACGCUUUUCUAGUCUUCUGACUGUUCUAUAGCUUACACGACAUAUCACCCAUUCACACACUGAUGGCCGGGGCUCCCAUGCAUGCUGCCGCCUGCCGAUCAGGACUCAGGACUAUCGAACCAUUCAGGCACAGCCUACAGAGCAAGUUGGUCAGUAAAAAUGUCUCGUCACACAAACACUUAUGGCAUACUAUCUUUUUCUUACAUGCUUUAUGAAAUUGUCAUAUUAUACUGACAUUUCUAACUAUUGAACUGUUUUGUGUAAGCUAUACUACAUUUUGAAUUUUCUUCGUACAGAAAUUCUAACUUAUUUCCAGGUUUUAGGUUGCAGAAGUCUGAUUUUAAGGUGCUUUUAAUAACUCAACAAAGUGUUUUUCUAUGGCAUUCUUUACUAUAUUGAAAUUGUUUUGUCUCAAAUUUCUGUAUUUAAUAAAACGUUGGUUUGUUAA